CAACCGUUCCCCAGGACGAGCUCUAACCUGCUCACUCGUAGGAACACACACAUCAUGUCAACCCCGAUCCACAGUUCAGCGCCUACGCUCACUCCAUCCUCCCCCACUAUCCCGCAAUACGAGUCCGCAGCCUCAGGCAGAACCCCGGGCGAGGAUGGCCUUGUCAAGACGGCGCCUUAUCCCUUCGACAACGCGUUUUCAGACGCCGAUGUCGUGUUGCGGGCCGUGGACGGUACGCGUUUCUACCUUCACAAGGCUGUCCUGCGCGUCGCGUCGGUGUUCUUUGCCGACAUGUUCUCCUUACCGCAACCACCAUCUCCGGGUUCAGAGACCGGCCCCGAUGCUAUACCGACCAUCCCAGUCACGGAGGACAGUGAACCUCUCGAGCGACUACUACGCAUGUGCUACCCGGUCGACAGGCCUGAGGUGUCUGACUCUGUCCAGACUGUGGCCCCUAUCCUCGGCGCAGCGCUGAAGUACCAGAUGCCCGUGGUCACCAGAUUGAUGACCAAGUCGCUAUCGUCCCAUUGUAGCAUGUCUCCACUCGCCGUAUUCGCCGUUGCGUACCAGCUAGAUCUGGAAGAGAUUGGAGCCAAGGCAAUCCACGAAUUUACUCAUUGGUACACAUUGCCAGUGUGGGCCGAUACAAAUCAUUCAAACAUCCCCACACCUGGCUUCAAGGCACACCUGUGCCGCGCUCAUUCCCUCGAUCAUUAUUCCUCCGACGUGGAUGCUAUCCCGGCCGCUGUCUAUUACCGACUCCUUGAUCAUCAUACUACUACAACAUCGGAAUCGUUACCAUCAGGCGCGGAAGCUGCCGUCAAGCACAUUUUUGCUCGCCCUCACCACCUCGAGAUCCUCCAGGAAGCCGAGACGCCUAUGGGGCGAUUGGCCCAUCCCUUCCACGAUACUGCUCAUGCGAAUACCAUCAUUCGCUCAUCCGACAACGCCGUUUUCCACGUGGAUCGCUAUCUGCUCAGCUUUGCGUCACCGGUCCUUGCCAAAUUGUUUUCUGCACCCGCUACAACGGCAGCAUCUGACUCAGAGAGCUUGCAAGUCAGUUCCGCCACUAGGAUGACACAUCAUUUCCCCGAGAACGGUCGGACGCUAUCAACGCUGUUCCAGCUGUCCUACCCCAUGCCUGACCCCGAGCCCAUAGGGUCCAACUCGUCAGACGUUAGGUUGAAGGACGCUCUCGCCCUGUUGGCAGCCGCGAAGAAAUACGAGGUCGCACGAGCGAUCGCGUUCGCGAAACGAGCUUGUGUCGAAGCAGCCACCACUUCUCCUGUGAGGCUCUACCUGCUAGCGACCCAGUACAACUGGGACGAUGUAGCCGAAGAUGCGGCUAUGCGCGCAGUAUACGAGACUGCGGACGCCUACUGCCCAGAGAUGGAGUCUGCCUCCGCGGCUGCAUACCGUCGUCUCUUGGUAUAUUGCCGGAGUUGCCGAGACGUCAUACUCUCUGGCGGUGCCACGGAGCAAGAGCCCAGACCAGCUACCAGCACGCGUUCGGCUUAUUGGAGCAAGACCAGCUGGUUGAAGCGUGCGGAAGAAGCGAAGUUCUGGCUCGCCUUCCAUGAACGUGUGAACCGCUGUGUUGAUUACAAGAACGGCGAACCUGUACUACUCAUGGACGUCGAUGCACUCCUUCCGAGCUCUGUGAUCGUGGAAAGGCACAGGAGGAGUGCUGCUCGGGCGAUACUAUCUAAUCCGGUUCCGAGUCAGUCCCCCGACAUCGACGACUUUGAAUCAAGGUCCCCGAGCCCAGAGGUUCAUUCGAGUCAGCUGGAACUACGACGUAUCGCGAAUGGCUUGGCGAAGAUUACACUGUAGCUCAGUACCAGGACCCAGACCACAAUCGGUCAAGCAACUUGAACGGUCUCCAGGUACUUAUGUCAGACUCACUAUCCGCAACCAUACUGUAAUAGAUGCCAUACGCGUUGUACUGUAUUCAGGAAUAGUAUUCAGUGUUCGUUUCAA